AUGUCAUCCCAGUAUUCACAACGUUCGCUUCGAAUACGUCCUAUCAAAAUGCCAUUAGAGCCUCUAAAGGUAUCCCAUAGGUCAAAUACAAAUGAAAGAAUUUUCCUUGAGGCUGUUGAAAGGGGAGAUAAACACACUGUCGUACGUUGUUUAAAUGAACCAAAUCCCGUUAACGUUAACUGUACAAAUAUGCUUGGAAGAUCGGCAAUUCAAAUUGCUGUUGACAACGAAAAUGUUGAAAUCGUAGAAAUCUUGCUUCAACAGGAUGGUGUCGAAAUAGGAGAUGCCUUGUUAUACGCCAUCAGAGAAGGUGUUUACAAGAUAGUGGAGAUGUUGAUUGACCAUCCAUCAAUCAAAUCUAACAUGCUAGGUUCAGAGUGGUCCAAAAUGAAAAAUAAUGGGCAUGGAGAAGAGAGUUCCGAUUAUUCAUCUGAUAUAUCGCCCGUAAUGUUGGCAGCACACUGUAACCAGUUUGAAAUUCUACAGCUACUUUUGCUAAGAGGUGCAGACAUUAAUCCCCCACAUCAGUUAUCGUGUUCAUGCAAAACCUGUCAAGAACAGGUACACAAAGACAGUCUACGUCAUUCUUUAUUUCGUAUCAACACUUUUCGAGCCUUGGCGAGUCCGGCCUGGAUUUCAUUGACGAGUGCCGAUCCUAUUUUGACAGCAUUUAAAUUGUCACAUACGUUAGAAAAACUGGCACUCCGUGAGAACGAAUUCAAGGAUACUUAUAUGGAACUCCGUGACCAAUGUCGACGAUAUUCUUGUGAUUUGUUGGACCAGUGUCGGAGUAGUGAAGAAGUUAUUGCUGUCUUAAAUAAAGAAUGUGAUCCGUCAGAUGAGGAUUUUUCAGGCUUCGGUGCAGCACUUGAAAGGAAUCCAAACGAAGAUAAACUGACUUUAUCAAGACUAAAACUUGCCUUAAAAUAUGAACAAAAGCAGUUUGUAGCCCAUCCAAACUGUCAACAGCUCUUGACAUCUAUUUGGUAUGAAGGUUUGCCAGGAUGGAGAAAGAGGAAUGGUCCUACGAAAUUUCUACUGUGUAUUGGUUUGAUAUUAAUAGUACCAUUUACAGCCGUGUAUUACCUGAUAUUUCCACGCAGCAAGAUAGGACAGUUAUUACGUAGUCCGUUCAUGAAAUUCCUGUACCAUAGUGCAUCGUUUGUUGUGUUUCUAUUACUUUUAGUACUAGUGACCACUGAUAUAGGUAAUACGCCCACUCGUGACCAACAACGUGGACCUCCUCCAUCACAGUUGGAAUGGUUGAUUAUUUUCUGGGUGACUGGUUUCGUUUGGGCGGAGUGUAAACAGUUAUGGGAAGAAGGUUUGAAGGCUUAUAUAAGACAAUGGUGGAAUCUGAUGGACUUUAUCAUGUUAUCUUUAUACCUAGCAACAUUUUCACUUCGCUUCGUUGCUUACAUGCAGAUAGAAUCUAACCAGUUUGGCCUACGGCAACUACCACGGAAAGAUUGGCCGAAAAUGGACCCGACAUUAAUCGCUGAAGGACUAUUUGCUAUUGCCAACGCAUUCAGUUUUUCUCGUAUUAUCUAUUUGUUCCAAGCAAAUCAACAUUUAGGACCAUUACAGAUCUCUCUCGGAUGCAUGCUUAUUGACAUUGUCAAGUUUUUGUUUAUAUUUUUUCUCGUGCUAACCUCCUUUGCAUGUGGUUUAAACCAACUGUAUUACUACUACAGCGGAAGUAGAACUCCUAUGACAGCAGACUCAUUUUACUCGUUGGGAGAGAGUUAUGUAACAUUGUAUUGGUCGCUGUUUGGUCUGGUUACCCUGAAGGAUAUCAAAAUACCAAAUGGUCAGUCUUUCACGUCAAUGAUAGGCAUGAUACUAUUCAUGGCGUACCAUUUUAUGGCCAUUAUAAAUCAUGCAGACAUGGAGUGGAAAUUUGCCAGGUCUAAAUUAUGGAUGUCGUACUUCGAUGAAGGUUCAACGCUACCGUCACCUUUUAAUUUGAUCAUCAGUCCGAAAUCCAUAUUCUACUUUUCAAGGCAAAUUAAAAAUAUAUUCAAUUUCUGCUUCAAAAAGAAACAAGUGAAUAAAUCAAGAAUGAACAGAUCCUCGUCCGGAACUAUAAAGGUAACAGAGAAGAAUUAUACUUAA